UAUGUGAAGGGAACAGUUUCUUUUUUCUUACGAUGCCUCAGAAGAACUGAAAGAGGCUAUAUCUAAAAAGAAUCAUGAAUUAGUCUACUUGUAUGAUAUUAAUCUCGUGGAUGAAAUAUGGAAAGAAACCAGACCAAGGCCUCCCAACAAACCUGUCAGAGUGCAUGACCUAAAAUAUGCUGGUGUAGAUGUGUCAUCCAAGCUGUCUUCACUGAGGUCUGAAUUAACUGAUGCUGGUUCAUCUGCGAUUGUUAUCUCAAUGCUGGAUGAGAUUGCGUGGCUAUUGAACUUGAGAGGUAAUGAUGUGCCACAUUCGCCGGUCAUGUAUGCGUACUUAAUCGUGGAAACUGAUGGAUCUAAGUUAUUUAUUGAUGAUGCCAAAAUUACCCCAGAAGUGAUUAAUCAUUUGAAGAAUGCAAGAAUAGAGUUGAGACCAUGUGAAUCCAUUCUUUCUGAAAUCGAAAGUUUGGCUGCUAAAGGGGCAUGCCUUUGGUUGGACACAUCAUCUGUUAGUGCUGCUAUCGUGAAUACUUAUAAAUCUGCCUGCAACAAGUUCGCAGGCGGUAUUGCAAGUUUAAUAAACAAAAACAAGACGACGAUAAAUGGCGAACCUUGGGAACCCUCUGCAAUAAAUAAGAGCUCACCUGUUUGUCUGGCUAAGGCUGUAAAGAAUGAGGCAGAACUAAAAGGGAUGUGUAAUUCUCAUCUAAGGGAUGCAACUGCUCUUGCACAGUUCUGGGCUUGGCUGGAGGACGAAAUCAGCAAUGGCGUUGUUCUGACCGAGGUAAACGUUGCAGACAAGCUUCUUGAAUUUCGUUCUGCACAAGAAGGUUUUGUUGACACAAGUUUCGAUACUAUAAGUGGUAUGUAAAUUUCUAUUUCUUAU